GCAGCUGCCACGUGGGGAGGAGGCAGACUGGUGUGCCAGCAUUGGCUGACCCAGCCAAGCCCAGCCUCCCCUGGUUAGGAGGUCAGGGGCCAGGAACAAAGACAUGCCAGGAGGAGCUUGAGUGGAAUAAGUCCAUCCAGACAAAAGGACAAUCUCUGCCUCCAGGAUGCCGCAGCUGAGCCUGUCCUGGCUGGGACUCGGGCAGGUGGCAGCCUCCCCAUGGCUGCUCCUGCUGCUGGUGGGGGUCUCCUGGCUCUUGGCCCGCUUCCUGGCCUGGAGCUACAGCUUUUAUGACACCUGCUGCCGCCUCCGGUGUUUCCCGCAGCCCCCGAAGCAGAGCUGGUUUUGGGGUCACCUGGGACUGGUAAAGAGCAAUGAAGAAGGCUUGAGGUUCAUGGAGUGUCUGAGCUACAGCUUCUGUGAUGUUCACCUGUGGUGGAUGGGGCCCUUCUACCCACUUCUGCGGUUUGUCCACCCUAAGUUCGUUGUCCCCCUGCUCCAGGCCCCAGCCACCAUCGUGCCCAAGGACAAGUUUUUCUACAGCUUUCUGAGGCCCUGGCUGGGGGAUGGGCUCCUGCUGACUGCUGGUGACAAGUGGAGCCACCACCGUCGUUUGCUGACACCUGCCUUCCACUGUGAAAUCUUGAAAUCCUAUGUGAAGAUUUUCAACAAAAGUGCAGACAUCAUGCAUGCCAAGUGGAAGCGCCUAGUCUCAGAGGGCAGCACCCGAUUGGACAUGUUUGAGCACAUCAGCCUCAUGACCCUGGACAGUCUGCAGAAAUGUGUCUUCAGUUUUGACAGCAAUUGCCAGGAGAGCCCCAGUGAAUAUAUUGCUGCCAUCUUGGAGCUCAGUGCCCUUGUGGUGAAACGGCAGAGGCAGAUCUUCCUGCACCCGGACUUACUGUACUACCUCACCCCUGAUGGGCGGCGCUUCCGCAGGGCUUGUGACCUGGUGCACAACUUCACAGAUGCCAUCAUCCAGAAGCGGCGCUGCUCCCUCCUUACUGAGGGCUCCCAUGACUUCCUCAAGGCCAAGGCUAAGGCCAAGACUUUGGACUUCAUUGAUGUGCUCCUGCUGGCCAAGGAUGAAGAUGGGAAGGAACUGUCCCAUGAGGAUAUCCGAGCUGAAGCUGACACCUUCAUGUUUGGGGGCCAUGACACCACGGCCAGUGGUCUCUCCUGGGUCCUGUACAACCUUGCGAAGCACCCAGAGUAUCAGGAGCGCUGUUGGCAGGAGGUGCAAGAGCUCCUGAGGGACCGUGAGCCUAAAGAGAUUGAAUGGGACGACCUGGCCUUGUUGCCUUUCCUGACCAUGUGCAUCAAGGAGAGUCUGCGGUUGCACCCCCCGGUCCCAGGCGUCUCCCGCUGCUGUACCCAGGACGUCGUUCUCCCAGAUGGCCGGGUCAUCCCCAAAGGUGUUAUCUGCCUCGUUAGUAUUUUCGGGAUCCACCACAAUCCAUCCGUGUGGCCAGACCCUGAGGUAUACAAUCCUUUCCGCUUUGACCCAGAAAACAUCAAGGAAAGGUCUUCCCUGGCUUUUAUUCCCUUCUCCGCGGGACCGAGGAACUGCAUCGGGCAGACGUUCGCCCUGACCGAGAUAAAGGUGGUCCUGGCGCUCACGCUGCUGCGCUUUCGGGUCCUGCCCGACAAGGAGGAGCCGCGCAGGAAACCGGAGCUCAUUCUGCGCGCCGAGGGCGGGCUUUGGCUGCGGGUGGAGCCGCUGAGCGCGGGCCCCCAGUGACCCGCCAGCUCCCCCUGGCUUGGGAUCCACCCCGACCCUACAGACGCCCCCUGGCGGAUUCCCAGGACUAGAACUGUGUGGUCUCCUCUGCCGGGGAGCCACUGACAGCCAGCAGGGGGCGCUCGGGACCUGCGGGAACUCAGUGGGAGGGCGGGGGCGAGGGGUGGGGUGGAGGGGAGGCUGGUGUGUGAGCACAAGACCCUGGCAGCCUUUCCAGGUGACCACGGCCCCCCCACUCCCCCCGCCAUGCUGAUUGCGGGUUCUCCCACAGCCCAAUAAGGGCUUAUAUCCUGUAGGCAAUAGGGUGCCAUGGGAGGUGUUUGAGUAGGAGAGGGACCACCGUUAAACACUGACUGAGGGGCAUGUUUGAAGCUCAGGGUCACAGUGGAGAACCCAUAGUGGCACUACUCUCUGGCCACUCUGACCUCUGUUCUUAUCUAAUAUACCCAAACUUUUCUUACCCCAGAAACCUUCACUAUGUUUCCAUGGUCACUAUGUUCACUGAAACAAACAUAGAUGCUUUCUCCUGUGUGUCUGAUCAUUGCAAUCAUUGUAUCCGUUA